AUGGACGGCGCGUCUAAGAGUCUCUUUGGCAGGAUUCGCGGCAGAAUUCCAGCCGUGAAGCUGUCAGACGCACCAACGGUUCCUUCUCCACCUCUCCCACAUCUUCUUACUGAAAACAAGGUGCCCACCGAGGAAGAGCGGAAGAUUAUUCGAGAAGCCAUCGCCGACACUGAAGCACGAAUCACACGCCUCGUCGAACUCGAGGUUGCACACGGACCGCCAGUCGAUUUCGAUAAGUUCAACCUCACACGAAGCAGAAUCAUCAGGAGGCGCCAGGCCUGUGAAGCCUUCGUCAAGACACACAAGAGUCUACUUGUCCCCAUCAGGAACCUCCCUACCGAACUCCUGCAGGAGAUCUUCCUACAUUACGCUUACUCGCCCACCGAAUACCAUCGCUGGGUCACCCUCCCCUUCGUCCUAGGCCAGAUUUGUUCGUCAUGGCGGAAGGUUGCCGUGAAUCUGCCUGCGCUCUGGGACAAACUUCCAUGCUUCAAGAUAAAGAGGGUGAUCACGCGAAGGAUCUCGUACCUGGCGUUCGUCCGCGAGCUGCUUCGGCGGUCAGGAGACUCGGCGACGCUGCAGGUGUACGUCUAUGCGCCGUUCAAGGAGUUCAAGACACACCCGCUCAUCGACGUCCUCGUAACACAUUCGGAGAGGCUCAAGACACUUACGAUCGAAUCGACAGCGACGACGAUGACCGCGUUCAAAGGCGCCAAGGGUCGUCUGACCAACCUGCAACGGUUGGACCUCUACUUCUGGUCCCACAGCCUUAUCCAGCACACAGAAGACAUGGACGUAUUCGAAACUGCGCCCAAGCUGGAGAACGUCAGCCUAUACGGCAAAGUUCCCGAGGCAAUCGCGCUGCCGUGGUCGCAGUUGACCGUAUUUCGGGAGAAGUACGAUGGGGCGUCAGCAGCGAAGGUGCUGCAGCAAGCGAGCGGUCUGCAGACGCUGGAGAUUGUGAAGAACAACCACCAUGCCGCGCCAGUGCCUGUCCCAACGACAUUGAGUGCACUCAAGAACGUGCGAAUCCGGAUAGACGACGUGAGCCCUGAGGCGGACGUCUUCCUGUCGACCCUCGUUGCGCCGGCACUGGACAACCUCAAGAUCGUGUAUCCCGAGUCGCUCGUGCAGCACCUCACGGCCUCCUUCACAAGCGCAGCCGCACAGGCGUUGGACACAGGCACGAUCGGGAUGACGAACCACCUGCGAUCCCUCGCGUUCCGGACGACGUCGAUCUCGCCAGAAGAGCUCAGGACGAUGCUUCGGCUCGUUCCCUGGCUCAAGGAGCUCGAUAUGGAGGUCAGCGACGGCGACGACGCGUUCCUCCAUGUUUUCAUCCUUCCAGACACAGCAGUGGAGAGCGUACCCAUCGAGCCCGUCGCGCCGCUCCUCGAGACACUCUCAAUCACAGCAAAGACGAUCACAGGACUUGAAGGCACCUUCAACGACAUUGCACGAACGCGGUGCGAAAACGCCACAGAACCCGCGGGCGAUGCUGAUGCCAUUAUCCUAUCCGGCUCCUCCUUCCGCCCACUACGCACCCUCCGCCUGAACCUCGCCGGUCGCGAGAACCGAUACAAUUCGCAGGCAGCGUUAAACAAGUGGAAAGCGCCGGCGUCGAAGGUCCAGUUCCGUGAGGUUGCUCUGCUGAACGCCUGGAGGCGGCAGUUGUUGGACGAGCUGCCAGAGGUGUUCGUCGAGCCCUUCGUGAAGCCAAAGGCGCCGCCGAACGCCGAAAAGGACAAGAGCAAGGAGAAGGAGAAAAUAGCGAAAGGCAAGAAGUUGAUGAGGAUCUUCAGCGACAUUGAGUUGUACCAACUGCAGGACUCCAUUCCGAUAAGGUCUUCCAAGCUUCAUCUGGCGCUCUCAUAUAUCGCCCUUCGGGCAACGCCGAUCCGGUUCCCUAAAUAUCCGCGAACGACUGUCGAGGUCGCCCAGCGGAUCCUAGACAAUCAAUUCAAGCCGAUCCUGACAGGCUGUCUCGACGAAUACAAGUGGGUUACGAAGGGCACGACAUCUCUUGUGUAUGUUCCAUCGCAUGCUGAUGUUCGCAAGUCGGACAAUGCUAUUCAAGACCUCGUGUAUGAGCUGAAAGAUGAGAUGGAGGUUGCGGAUGUGUGGUGGCCCCAGUAUCUCUAA